AUGGCUUUAUUACCGCCCGACCCUGUUUACACCAUACGAAAUGUCGACAAUACACCGGUUUUCUCUUUGGCGUUUAACUUUCUACCCGGCGGUCUCGAGAGGUUACUAGCCGGUUCAAAGAAUGGCUAUGUUUAUGCAUACAACCUUCAGACAAACAGAGUGCAACAAAAGAUAAAAGUUGGUCAAGCUCCCAUUCUUCAUCUUUUACAUACAGAAGACCAAUUAGUUACUCAAGAAAAAGGUGGAAAAUAUAAAAUAUUUAAUUUGACAAACUCUGGCUAUCAAGAGGAUACAUUAAUUGAUAUGGAUUACCCUGGUUUUUGUCGAUUUGAAGCCAACACAAAACUCAAAACACUUUAUGUACCUGAUAGGGAAUCCCAAGUAUAUAUUUUUAACUUUGCUGGAGAAAAGAUUGGAAGUCUAAAACCAGAAUUUUCAGAUCCAAAGUUGGGAGAUCCAAUGUGCAUGAAAUACAUUGAAUUAGCACCAGAAAAGUCUUACUUAUUAGUAGGGUAUGAAGCUGGGUGGCUUGUUCUGUGGGAUCUCAACACUAGUCAGGCGAUUGGUAAACUCCAAACUAAAGAAUGUCCCAUGUCAGUGGAUUUCUGUAAAGAACAGCAAAGGGGUAUCAUUGGGAAUGCUUCAGAUGUGAUACAAAUAUUUAGUAUAGGGAGAAAAGACUUGAGCUUGGUCCAUGGUACAGAUAUAACAAUAAAAAAUCAUGGAAUUAACAAAGUGCAGUCUCGACUUGAUGCAAAAGUUUUUGUUUCUGGUGGUUGGGAUGGCCAUAUUCGAAUCUUCUCGUGGUUUUCGUUAAGGCCUUUAGUUGUCCUAACUGAACAUAAGAGAGCAAUCCAAGAUGUUGUUUAUUCUACCCAGAAAGUAUCCAUGUGGAAUGCUAACAUAAUGGCGGCAGGUGGCCUUGAUGGAGUUAUUACUCUUUGGGAUUUGUACAAUCAAAAGCAAUGA